AUGCAGGAUAGCCCGCUAUCGAUCACCGCCAGCAUCACCGGCAUUCUCACCUUCAUUGCGGCGAUAUGUGCAUUUGUAUAUGUUCGGUACAACACCUUACGGAGUGGGCAGGAGGAAAUUCUUACCAUUCUUGAGUCCGUCACAGCUACCGUCGAGGAGAGCAGAGCUAUAGCGCACGGAGGCCUGGCAGGUGACGACCCUGAUUCUAGUCGGCUGACAAGACUUGUGUCAGAACUAUAUUCAAUCGAGCUCGCCAUUCUUGCUCAGUGUAUGACUGUUUUUGGCAUGGAUUUGGAUCAAAUGCAAUUGGGUUCGCGACCUAGCGAAAGUACUAGUACGACCUGGAAGGACGUGGUGAAGGAGGUGAACGAGGCCCAACAGAGAUGGCAGCAACCGCAGCGUCGAAAAACAUGGGGAUUAAGAAAAAUUGAGAAACAUAUCAAGCCCAUGAUUGAAUUCAUUGACAGUCGUCCAAUCCUAUCGAUAGGCUGGGCGAUUACGAUAUCGGUGCUCAGCCUUGGGGCAACCCCAACAAUGAUUCGCUGGUAUGGGGCAAGAAAGAAGGUCUUGGAGAAGAUCCAGCAAAGGGAAAUCAUUCGAUCGCGACUAUUGUUCCACCAGAUUGCCCUUGCAAAUUCAAUAGCUAGUAGCCAGGAAAUCCUAGUUCGCGGCUUGGUGCAAGAGAACGUCAAACUUGAGUCCCGGUUGAGCCAGCUUAACGAUAUCGCUAUGUAUACGAACGAAUCCAUACGGCGACUAGCGCAUGACAACAAUGAAAUUAAGGGCCUCAUCGUUAGUUUGAUAAGCCCGGCAAGCCAGCAGGAUAGGACCCAGAAGCCCGACACAGUACGCUCCCGCAGCUCGAGUGGAUCAUCGAGUGAUUCAAACCCGACAAAGAAGCCCAGUAAGAUUCGGAAGCGCACAGUACGCUCCCGCAGCUCGAGCGGAUCGUCGAGUGACUCAAGCUCGGCGAACCAGCACAAUAAGAUUCGGAAGCGCACGGUACGCCCCGGCAGCUCGAGUGAAUCGUCGAGUGAUGAAGCUGAUGUACUUGCGCCGGGCGAAGGCAGAGAUAUGUUGGUAGAUCAGGCAGAGGCAAAACCAGAAUGA